AUGAGGGAGGGAUAGACAGGGAGUGAGAGAGAGGGGAAACAGGACAUCUGAAAGUUUUCAACCUGUGAUCGCGGUAGGUGAUGCGAAUCAAAACCGGGGGGCUCAUCCAACACGCAGGACAAAGGAAUUUCCGCAGGAUGGAACGCACCGAAGUGAGAUAAUGUUAGGCAAUUAUUUUCACAAGGGGAUGGCUGCCCGUGACAUUUUCAGAUUUCGGAGGGGUUCUAUGUAUAAAAACGUGAGCGCGGACAAGAAAAAAAGCAGCCACUGAAGGAGUCCUGAGGAUUGAGUUGUUUGGUGAUGAACAGCACCGUUCAUCCAACGUGCAAGGUUUUGCAUGAUUGAAAAAUGAGGAUUAUAGCUAGCAGCUCAGAUGGCGAUACAAAUGAACCGGACAAACUAAAAGGAGAACACAAGGGCUGUUGCCUUCGGUGAAGUAGAAACUGGCCUGUUCUAGAAUGUACACAAACCAGAAGACAACGGCGCCCAGACUAUGAUUCAGACAACCAACUCUUGACCGAACAACCCCUUUACAGUGGAGGUCCAUUCUGUGCUUGGAUUACUGCUUUCAACACAUUUUUUCGAGGCGACCUGUUCAGUUUUGGAGCAGCUGGGCUUUUUUGAUUGUGAAGUGGCCGUUUUUUUGGUUUAUACGCUGUGCCCGGGGAUGAGCCACUGCCCUGUGUGCUGGACCUGAGCUGCCCACUCCUGCCCCUGGGACCCUGUGACCAUGCUGACCAAGCCCCCUGAGGCAGCCAGAGCAGAGCCCCGACCCGCGCCCAGGCCAGCCGUCCCCUCCACAGCAGCAUGUCCCAGCCAGAGGCGGCCCCGCUGGCGGCCAACGGCUCGGGGUCCGGGGAGGUGGCCGGAGUUCAGCCACGCUGGGCCUCCCUGCUCAUCAUCUUGGUCAUCAUCCCCACCAUCGGGGGCAACAUCCUGGUCAUCCUGGCCGUGUCGCUGGAGAGGAAGCUGCAGAACGCCACCAACUACUUCCUGAUGUCCCUGGCGGUGGCCGACCUGCUGGUGGGACUCCUGGUGAUGCCCAUCGCCCUCAUCACUGUGCUCUACAAUUCCGGGUGGCCUCUUCCAGAGUUUCUCUGCCCAAUCUGGCUCUUCCUGGACGUCCUGUUCUCCACAGCGUCCAUCAUGCACCUGUGUGCCAUCUCACUGGACCGCUACAUCGCCAUCAAGAAGCCCAUUCAGCACAGCCAGUAUAAGUCCAGGGCCAAAGCCAUGGCCAAGAUAGCGGUGGUGUGGCUCAUAUCUAUUGGUAUCGCAAUUCCCAUUCCCAUCAAGGGGCUGAGAAACUACCAUCUUCCAAACAAUGUCACCUUUAACAGCAACCACACCUGCCUCUUGAAACCAGACAGCUUCAGAGAAUUUAUCAUGUUUGGCUCCAUGACAGCUUUUUUCAUCCCUUUAACUAUCAUGAUGAUCAUCUACCUGCUCACCAUCCAGGUGCUGCGCAAGAAAGCCUUUCUGCUCAGGUCAAAGGUGACCCAACGCUUCACUCGCCCAACCGUCUCCUCAGUCUUCCAGAGGGAGCAGUCCGUGGCCUCUCCCACAACUGAGAAACCGCCGGGAAAAUCCAUUGCUCCCGCCAACCCCAUCACGGGUGACGAGAUCCCCAUCCGCCGCAUGUCCACCAUGGGCAAGAAGUCCAUGCAGAACCUGACCAAUGAGCAGCGAGCCUCCAAGGUGCUGGGGAUCGUCUUCCUUCUGUUCGUGGUCAUGUGGUGCCCGUUUUUCAUCACCAACGUCACCUCUGUGCUUUGCGCCAGCUGCGACGUCAACGUGAUCGGCCGUCUGAUGGAGAUCUUCGUGUGGGUGGGCUACGUGUCAUCGGGUAUCAACCCGCUGGUCUACACCCUCUUCAACAAGACCUUCCGCCAGGCCUUCACACGCUACAUCACCUGCAACUACAGCAGCACCACUACUAACAGGCCAGCCAGGCAAACUAGGGAACAGCAUGGCUGCAGGAAUCUGACACGGAUCUCCUUCCAUUCAUCUGUGGCGGAGAACUCUAAGCUGUUCAUGAAGCGGGGGAUGAACGGCAUCGGGACGGUGAGCUAUCAGAGCCCGCUGAGGCGACGGCAAGCACACAUGCAGUCCUCCGCUAGCGUUGUACUGGACACCCUGCUCCUUACAGAGAAUGAGGAUUGCAAACCCGAAGAGCAUGUCAGUUAUGUGUAGUGCUUUCAGAAAAAUUAAGUCUGCAAAAAAAGGGAAAUAAUUGGAACCAGAAAGUCAUGUGUAAAAGACGGACCAGGCUUGAGUUGUCCAGGGGUUCAGGUGACAAGACACCUUCCCAUGAGCAUCACUUUUGUGGAUUCGGUGCUAUUAAAAGAAGACACUGUGUGCUCACAAGGGCGAAACGAAAGGAGAUGCCCAUCUCUGUCAAACACUUUGGCCAGAAAGAAGAGGCCCUCAUCAGAGUCUGUACAGAGAUUGCUGAACAUUAUGAGUAAAAUGAGAGAGCAAAUAGGUGCGUCGAGAUAAGUUACCCUCAAUAAAAAGACCCGACAAAGCUCAGGUCGGAUUGUCCUUAACGAGGCCGCCAGACAGAUAUGUAAGGAAUGACGACAUACGACUGUCUGGAAACUCUCUCAGUGGAUACAAUGUGUAUUCCCAUGCUACUCCUGUCACCUUGGGCUAUUUGGUAUUCUGCUAUGGACAAUUCCCAUGGAGGAGAUGACAUGCUUACCUAUUGAGAGGACAAACACUCACUCCCAUAUAAACUACACGUUCAGCCCUCCACAUCACAUAGAGUUCUGAAGAAUACACUUUAUAAAUGCCACCCAUUUUAACUGCAAUGUAUUGGUAAGUGCUUUUAUAACCGUGAACAGAUUUGUUAUAAAGUCACAAAUUCUAUUUUCCCAAAGUGUUAUAACAUCCAAGUGGAUUAUUAUAUGUAAAUGCAACAUAGACAAAACCUUUGCAAAUGGGAAGCUUGUCAAAUACAAAAUGUACAGCCUACGGAUGGAUAUGUGAUGGUUUAUAAAUGUACAGGCUACGGAUGGAUAUGUGAUGGUUUAUAAAUGUACAGCCUACGGAUGGAUAUGUGAUGGUUUAUAAAUGUACAGGCUACGGAUGGAUAUGUGAUGGUUUAUAAAUGUACAGCCUACGGAUGGAUAUGUGAUGGUUUAUAAAUGUACAGGCUACGGAUGGAUAUGUGAUGGUUUAUAAAAUGUACAGCCUA